CUGUGUGAGGUACCAUGUCAAGUUGUCUAUAAAGGAAAGCAAUGCAUCCGAUCUCCAGAAGUUCAGCAGCUUCGUACGCCAACAGAAUAUAUGGCGCCGGUUCUGGAACCGAUUCUUGGCAUAGUAUGUAUAUCACACACGUAUGACGACGUUUGUGAGGUAGUGAGCGCUUGCAGCUCGAAGAAUCAAGAUAGGCUGCUUACUAAGCCAUCUCUAGAUCUAGACAUUUUUGAUGCCUUAGGUUGGAAAGCACUUCAACUUCUCGUCCUGGCCCGGACUGGACUCGAAGAUUUCAAAUCUGAUAUAUCAAUGAUACCAAAGAGUUUCUUCCUUCCUCUAUUGAAUAACUGA